AUGGCUUCAGCUCCACACCUUCCAACUGAUCCUAUUUCAUCACCUAACAAUGGAAAAACCUUCGACCAAAAACGUUUUGCCAGAAUUCGAGUAGCCACUGAAUCCGACGUCCCACACAUAUACAAACUCAUGCAACAGUUAUUUGCUUACCACAACAUAACUCAUCUCCUUAAAUCCACUGAGAACUCCAUUGCCUCGGCGCUAUUUAAGCCUAAAUUCCCUCAUCUUAGUCCUGUUACUGCACUUGUACUCGAAGUCUCACCUUAUCAGUUUCCUUAUUCCACGUGCAAGGUCGACUCCAAUGUCAUCAAUUUCAUUGAGCCGCCUCUGCCUCUGUCUGCUGACUUUGAUGAAAAUCUCCAGGGUGUUCUCCUCGGAGUGAAGGAAAUUGAUCUCGACAAUAUGCCCCUCAUAGAUGAGGAGUCAGAGGAGUUCAGAGAUGUCAAAAAUCAGCAAGAUGAUGUUUUUAUUGCUGGAUAUGUCAUGUUCUACCCAUGCUUCUCGAGUUUUUUCGACAACCCGGUUUUCCACAUGGAGGACUUAUUUAUAAGGGAGUGUUAUAGGGGGAAAGGGUUUGGAAAAUGGAUGUUUUCUACCAUUGCGUCGAAGGCUGCAAGAAUGGGGUUUUCUUCCAUUGAUUGGAUCGCUUCGCAAUGGAAUAAAAGUGCAAUUCAGUUUUACACUCAAAUGGGUGCUAGAAUUUCUGAUGAUUUUCGAGUUUUGAGUUUAGCUGGUAAGGCUCUUGAAGCAUUUAACGAUGACAGUGACAAAGGAUUGUGUUCUUGA